AUGGCAUCAAGAGCAACAUCCGUUCUCCUCCUCUCUUUUACGCUAUCUUGUGCACUCAUGUUGCUUGUAGCGAAUGUGUCAAAUGCAGAGAGUCCUCUCAAUUUGCCACCAUUAUGCGGAUCGAAAAGUGAUUGCGAAUUCAUAUGGUGUCCUCAUGGAAAAGGAGGAAAAGGAGAAUGUAUAGGGUGGCCGUGUGACACAACGGAAUAUUGUAUGAAGGUUGUUCGUUGCGAUGCAACACCAGGGCCUUAUUGUAUGGAAGGAAUAUGCACUUGUUAA